AUGUCCACAUUCACCCCAAACGCAGUCCAAUCAAACACACGAGACCCCCGUCCACUGCUCCGUCCAUUAUUCCACGUCCUCCGUCCCAACAACCUAUGCGUACCCCUAAUCCCCGCCGACGAACUACCCAGCUGGCUCGAGGUCGUGAGCACCUACACCAUAGACGUCAACCACUCAUUUUUAGCCAGCUACACCCCUCACCCUCGCCUGGGAGAAUACGAUAUUAUCUGCAGAUACUGUGAGACUGCUACACAGCAUAUUCACGACUGGAAUCCCUGGUCAGCUAACGGCCUGGAGGAGCAGAGUAGAAUUGCUUUGAGGACCCACGUUUCCGCCGGUGCCGGAGGUUACGCCGCCGCAAAUGGAGUUAUGGCCUGUACAGUCCAUGAGGAGGUUGUUACCUGCGUUUUCGACGCUGAUGCUGCCGGCGUCGCAGUCGUCGCAGACGCCAGUAUUGCAUCAACAGAUACCACUGCAACAAUUCCAACCGCAGCUCUUUUUACAGCAGUAUGGCAAACCGUAUCAACUUUACUCACACCACUAUCAGCAGCCAAAUCAACAGCAGGCUGUGCAACAGGAUCGAGGAAGAUCAGAGCAACAAGCACAGACGAGCAGGCAAGGAGAUCCGGCUUCCGAGCGACAGCAUAG